UCCAACAUGUGUGCGUGGUUUCAGGUUAUGUUUUGAGGAAUAAAAGUUAAUAAAAGGUUCCAUGAUUUCUUUUUCCAUGUUGUUAAAAAGAACGGUUACGUCCAGCUGCAUAAGUCAGCCUGGCGUAUCAUGGGAACUUGCUUCGGAAAAUGCCCAAGUACGGAAAGUUCGAAAAGAGCAUAUCAGAUUGAAAGGUCAAAAUACAGCAAGGCAGAAGGGAAUGUUGAGUUUGACUUUCUUGUGGAUGAGAGAAAGGAUCACCGAGAGGAAGCUAAGUGGCCACACUGUAUUUCCUGCUUACUUCCUCUAAGAAGAAAGAAGGUCAGCAAGCAGGUUAUUCUUGAGUUAACUGAUGAUACGUGGACAAGAGCAGAUGAAUAUCAGAGAAGUGAAGAAUCUGGACGAACAAGUGGUGUAAGAACAGGGCCAAAUGCGCAAGUGCAACCGUUGGAUGCAAGAUCUCUUUUAAUGCACAAAAGCGUACACCAAAUGGCAACACGAGAUCGUAGUAUUACCUCUUCUACACCUCCUAGCUCACUAGAUUUGGAGUGGGAACAUGAAGGUGUUCUGCCCAUACAUGCUAUGCAUUAUGCUGGAGUUCCAGAGGAAGAUGUUUGUGACUCAAGUGCAACUAAUGGGAAGAAUGGUGCUAGCAGUACAGGGUGGUCCCGUAUAUCUACUCCAGAUUCACUUGAAUGGGACCCUGUUGAGGCUCCCUUGGCUGCCAUGUCUGAAGCUCAGGCAGAACUAGAUGCUGAAACAGAACAACUGCUCACUGAAAUUGAGCGUCUAACUUCAAGAGCCCUCAGGGAAACUGGAGACUGGAGUAGCUGAUUAACCCUUUAACAUGUCAGAGUCUUGUAAGAUUUAUAGAACUGUUAUGACUGAUUAUGUGUGCAUUUUUGUACACAGAUUUUGUGGUUAACAUGUACAACAUGUUCAACUAAUUACUUGGGUGCUGUUUGAAGAAUAUGCAAACUAUUUUGUCAUUUUCCUGACAUCAUAGGAUAGCUUUAAUUUUGUCACAAUUCUACUGUGAUCAGUUGAUAGAA